AUGGCUUCAAGAACUACUGCUGGUGGUAUUGGUUUUUCUGUUCAAGCUAAACAGGACUCAAAAUAUGUAGAUAAAGAGGGAGAGAUGCUUCUUAAAUGGAUAAAAGAACUUUCAGGAGAAAAUAUUAACACAAGUGGUGAUAAAGAAAAUUUUUUUAGUCUUUUGAAGGAUGGUACACUUUUGUGUAAAGCUGCCAAUGCAAUUGAACCUGGUGCUGUUAAAAAAAUUCAAAAACCAAUUUCAAAUUUUGCCUGCUUAGAAAACAUUAAUUCUUUUGUUGAAUUUGCUAAAAGUAAAGGAGUCCCAGUUGAGUACACUUUUCAAUCUGUCGAUUUAUUUGAGAAACGUUCUUUAUACUCCGUAACUGUAACUCUUAUUAAUUUAGGGAGAAUUUUAGAAAAAGCCGGAAAGACCAAUCCUUUUGUUCACGCUUAA